AUGCUUUCGUUUCGUCAAUCAAUAAGAUUAGUUAAGCCGGCUACAAGAACUCUAUGGAGUUCAAGGUGUCUGCUUCAACAGAAGCCAGUGGUGAAAAUAGCCCAAACCCUAGCUGAAGUUAACGGUCCUGAAACUUUGAUCGGUCCUGGUGCUAAAGAAGGUACUGUUCCAACAGACCUAGACCAAGAAACUGGUUUGGCAAGAUUAGAACUUUUAGGUAAAUUAGAAGGUAUCGAUAUCUUUGACACCAAACCAUUAGAUUCGUCCAGAAAGGGUACCAUGAAAGACCCUAUCGUCAUUGAAUCGUAUGAUGAUUAUCGUUAUGUUGGUUGUACGGGUUCUCCUGCUGGUUCACAUACUAUUAUGUGGUUAAAGCCUACUGUUAACGAAGUUGCCAGAUGCUGGGAAUGUGGUUCUGUUUACAAACUAAACCCUGUCGGUGUUCCAAGUGAUGAUCACCAUCAUUAA